AUGACUACGCAGGAGAAGAUGCCAGAGCACUAUACGGGGUCUACACCAACUCUGAGAGGUCAGGAAUGGGUUUUUGUUACCCCCCAAUAUCAUGAUCCGCCCGAAAAUAUCGACCGCUACACGGACCGAGCUUUACCUUUGCUCCCUAUAUUCGCAGGUCCCCGGCCCCUAUCGGCUUCUUCGUCAAUAUAUGAACCCGAAAGCGACCAUACAAAUCGACAGAUGCCGGCGCCCCUUGAGGUGUCUCGUAACAGGGGUGAUGGUCACAGAAGUACUAGCUUUGCUGGCGCAGUAGACGAGAGUGCACAGGCAAUGGUGCAGCCGCCACAAAUUACAAUACCAACCUACUCGCAUGUAGAUAAGUCUCAUCCACAGGUUGUGUCGCCUCAACCACAGCGCCCAGACUCCAGACUUAUAUCGUUAUGGACGAGGGGUGAUGAGCUAGUUAGCCCAAUCGAUACUCCGGGGCCAUCAAACUGGAAAACCCACGUCGUGUCACCGCUCUCGGAUGACUUUGAGAAAGGGACAACUUCCGGGGCAGUAGCACCUGCAAACUACGAGUCGUGGUUUGAUGAUACCUCUUCCGACGAGGAAGAACAGCCGACCCCCCAGACGCCAGCAAGAGAAGAACACCGAAUCGCAGACAUUGGUUUCUCAGUCCCAUUAGAGAACCAGUCGUCAAGCGCUAAUUUUCGGUACAGCGACCCGGGGAGCCCGCUCACUCAACUCAGUCCGCUCAGUCCUAGUUUUGAUCUCGAAGGUUUCUGCGAUCUUAUUCCUGAUGCUGGCCGCUCGCAGUACUUUCAGAGCGCACCGGGGCGUCGAACAGUUCAACCACAGUCAACUCACAGUGGUGGCGAGCAAACUCGCCAUCCAGAAGACAAGGCCGUUGUGGAAGAGCCUAGAGUAUCCUUUGCUGUGCCGAAGCUUGACUCGUUUUCAUCGGAUAGACCCGGAGCCGGCCAACGACCAGUGCCUCCUCCUCUUCAACUCGGGGGGCGGUUAGUCCAAGGGGAGUUUGUCAAGACCCCAUUUCCACCGCGCCCAAACUCAGCCACGUCAGAGAAAAGGGCAUCCAGCCUCGAUGAACCAAGUGCCAGGCAACAGAAGCUGGGUAGAUUUGGCAGCCUGCGUCGUCCGCCGAGACAGAACAGCCCCAAGCCCCCUCCCGGGUAUACAGAGAUUUUAAGCCAGUUGGACAAGCAAGGCGUCGUCUCGCCAAGCCCCAGGCCCAAGGGCAUACUAUCUAAAGCCAAGCAAGGCCUCAAAAUGGGAUCUGAAGAGUCCAGGAGGGAGAAGCGACGGGACGAGUUGAAACGUCAAGUUCGCCAUAUCACGGAUUGA